UACCAAACAAAUAACAUUCAGAUUUUAGAUUUAAUUAAAAAAUUAUUUUCACAAUUAAUUAUAGGAAGUAAAUAUGCCUUUUGCUAAUCAACCCUCAGUUCAAAUUACUGAAUUAACAGACGAUAAUGUCAAGUUCAUUGUAGAAGAUACUGAUUUAAGCGUUGCUAACAGUUUACGUCGGGUUUUUAUUGCUGAAACCCCAACAUUAGCUAUUGAUUGGGUUCAAUUGGAAUCAAAUUCUACUGUUUUAUCAGAUGAGUUUUUGGCUCACCGUAUUGGAUUAAUUCCACUAAUUUCUGAUGACUUUGUAGAAAGACUACAAUAUACACGCGAUUGCAUAUGUUUAGAUUUUUGUCCAGAAUGUAGUGUUGAGUUUACUCUUGAUGUGAAAUGUACCGACGAGCAGACUAGACAUGUUACAACUGCUGAUUUAAAGUCUUCCAAUCCUAAAGUAGUUCCAGUUACUUCAAGACAUAAUAAUGACGAAGAUAACGAAUAUGGUGAAAGUACAGAUGAAAUUUUAAUAAUUAAAUUACGUAAAGGACAAGAAUUAAAAUUGCGGGCUUAUGCAAAAAAAGGAUUUGGUAAAGAACACGCAAAAUGGAACCCUACAGCUGGUGUCUGUUUUGAAUAUGAUCCUGACAACAGUAUGCGUCACACUUUGUAUCCUAAACCGGAUGAAUGGCCAAAAAGCGAGCAUACUGAAUUGGAUGAUGAUCAAUUUGAAGCUCCGUAUAAUUGGGAAGCCAAACCUAACAAAUUCUUUUUCAAUGUGGAAUCAUGUGGAUCAUUAAAGCCAGAGAACAUUGUUAUUAUGGGAGUACAAGUUUUAAAAAAUAAACUGUCUAAUUUGCAAACUCAACUGAGUCAUGAAUCACAAAAUGAUGCUUUAGCUGUUUAAAAUAUUUUUGAGUACCUAUAUGUAUUUUAUUAAAACAAAUAUAACCUAUA